GCCAAAAAUUUAAAAAGGGUGUUGAAUAUGAAAAACAUGUGCAGCAACCUGUUUGACCGUGCAGAAGUAAAGAGAGCCUACAUAGGAACUGAGCGAGCCCUGAUCAGAUUGCUACUGGAGACUCCUUACGAGGGAGAGGAGAUCGUCUACAACCUGACCGACAUAGCGGUGAAAGUGACCAAGGCGAACUUGAGCAGGCCGAACCUGACUGAGGGCUACAUGAACAUCGAUGCUCCCCUGCUGUCGUAUGAACACCUGAACUGUACACCACAAACAUGGAUACCUACCAAGAUCUUCCAGAGUACUUCAGAGGAGAAACGGAAAGUGGCGGUAGUGGCGUAUAACACUUCAAAGCAGUUCUUGUUCGGCACCGAGAGCCCUUGGACCAUGCUGAUCCGGGUAGAGCUGCUGGAAGAAGAGCGCGCGGCAAAGCUGGAGGAACCGCUUCGGAUGAGGUUCCCCGUCUUCAACACGUCCAUUGAUCCGGAAGUUCAUGCCUUCGAGUGCCAGUUUUACGACGAGUCGGGCGGAGAACACUCAACCUGGGGCAAGCGGGGCUGCAGUACCACUGUGGACGAAGGGGGCGUGCUGUGCGCCUGUGACCACAUGACUCCUUUCGCGGUGCUCCUGGUCCCAGCGGAGAGCAUUGAUUGGAGGACCUGGCAGAUCCUGUCCGUCAUCAGCUACGUGGGCUCCGGCUUGUCUGCCUUCUUUAGCGCCGUCUCCGUCCUGACCUACGUCUUCAUCAGGAACCCCUCGCAGGACCACUCCGCCUCCAUCCACGUCUCGCUGAGCGGCGCGCUCUUGCUGCUCAACGGCAGCUUCCUGCUGAACGAGUCGCUGGCCAGGACGAACAUCAUGCCCCUGUGCCUGUUCGUGGGCCUGCUCAUGCACUACGGCCUGCUCUGCAGCUUCACCUGGAUGGCCAUCGAGGCGCUGCACCUCUACCUGCUCAUCGUCCGGGUGUUCAACACCUACGUCCGCUCGUACGUCGCCAAGCUGUCCGUCAUCGGCUGGGGCGUCCCUGCUCUGGUCAUUGGAAUUUCAUUCGGAUUUAAAAGCCACCCAAACGAGCUUUAUGGCUUGAAGAGUAUAACCUUGGGGAACUCAACCAGCUCACUCUGCUGGAUCACAGAGGAGUGGUAUUUCUAUGGGCUGAACAUCACCUAUUUCGCGCUCAUCUUCCUGUUCAACAAUGGCAUCCUGCUGACCGUGACUGUGAGGAUAUGUCAGAUGAGCAGGAUCGGGCUGAAGGGGAAGAGGGGCAGAACGGUCCCCUGGAAGCAGGUGUGCACCGUGCUGGGCCUCACCUGCCUGCUGGGCACCACCUGGGGUCUGGCCUUCCUCAGCUACGGACCGCUCAGCAUCCCCAUGCAGUACCUCUUCUGCAUCUUCAACUCCCUGCAAGGAUUCUUUAUUUUCCUCUGGAUCUGCAGGACCUCCAGGAAGGCCCAAAGAGAGGCGGCUUCAAAAUCAUCAUAGGCGUCAUGCGCACCUGUACCACCAAAGCCGCAGUGUCCCAGUAUGAACCCGUGUGCGUAACCACGCCCUCUCCCAAAGAAGAAGAAGAGAAGAAAUGUUUUAUAUAUCACCGCAAGAACAAUAAUGUCAAUAUACAUUCAACCCCGUUAUUGGCCACUAUUGACCCAGGGUCACGCAAUACCACGGAGACAGGUCCUACUUUUGUGGAACGGCCAGUUAUUGACUAUUACCAUGGAGAUGACCGAUAUUUUUAGUCACACUCGGAGCCCUGGAAAGUGAGCGUUGCAUCAAUGGAGGAUUGUGUGUGCAGUUACAUGAAUAUUGUAAAAAAAAUAAAAAUAAUAAAAAUAAAAAAAACUUUAAGAAUUGCCUCAAAGUAGAGGAUUCAUACAAGCCGCUAGCUGGUUGUUCCAUCAUAUUAACAUUAUACUAUCGACUAGGCUACUUUAGAUAUUACUCGCAUUAAUAAAUGAUCUUAUAAUUUCAUUGAA